AUGGUGGUGAGCAGAGAAGAUGUGGAGCUGGGAUAUCAGGAAGCAAUGUUCAAUAUGGCUACUCUGUACCGUAUUGCUGCAGCUCUGAUGCACAUGUUAAACGCCCAUGCUGCCACGGAUAUAACAGUUUUUUUAAUCUUGGGCCAUGCCCAGAAUCUGGCACAGGAGCAGCACAGGGAGGUCAGCUUUGUUAUCCCCAACUUGCCGACUAUCGCCAAGAUGAAAGCUAUUACCAAGACCUGCGGUAAUCGUUAUGGACUAUUGCAAGGGACUACUGCAGAGACAUCAGGAGGUCUUCUCAUUUGUCUGCCACGGAAGCAGGCAGCUCGCUUUUGUGUGGACAUCAAAUCACCAAAGCAUUGA